GAGAGACUGAUUAGCGCCAGAUAAGACAUGUUCAGAGAAUUUUUCAUCAACAUCCGCUCGGCAAUAACUCUUUUUGAGGUUGGCAGUGCGCCGUUGGGAAGCCUCUGCCGAUCUUUAGUAUACCUGUCUCGAUCGUCACCUCGAUAAUUGAAACGAAAAAUGGGCAAAGGGAAAACUGGAGAGAAGAAGAAGAGUCUGGCGACCAACUCAGACUCGAGUCUCGUGUGGUUGAGGCAAUGUGAAGAAGAGACGGUCUCUCCUGUCACUGGAAAACUUUCAGGCCACCUCCCCUCCUGGCUGAACGGUAAGCUGACGAGAAACGGUCCUGGAAAGAUACAAUAUGGCGACACUCGAUUCAACCACAUUUUCGACGGUUCUUCUUACCUCCAUCAAUUCAAUAUCAAAGAUGGAGACGUCACAUAUCAGUCUAGGUUCUUACAAAGCGACACUUACAAGAAGAACUCCCGGGCCAAUAGAAUCAUCGUUUCAGAAUUCGGGACAGCUUCCUACCCCGACCCUUGCAAAAAUAUAUUUCAGAGGUUCAUGAGCGUCUUCACCCCACCCGGCUCCAUGGAUCCCACAGACAACUGCGUCGUGAGCGUCUGUUACUUCGGGGACGAACUCUACGCCCUGACGGAGACGAAGAACAUGCGCAGGGUAGACCCCGAGACUCUGGAUGCCGUCGGGGAAAAGACGAACCUGGACAAAUACGUAGCAGUCAAUACCGCCACGGCUCAUCCCCACGUAGACCCAGACGGGACGGUCUACAACAUGGGGAACUUUUUCGCGGGAAAAAAGGGUCCCACCUACAACAUCAUCAAGUUCCCUCCUCCGAAGGAAGUUAACGGCAAGAAACUGACCUCUGUAGAGCAGGCUGAGAUAGUCGUGAGCAUCCCAUGCCAGUGGAAGAUGUACCCUUCGUAUUAUCACUCCUUCGGCAUCACCGAAAACUACUUCAUCUUCGUCGAGCAGCCCUUCGUCUUCAACCUGAAGAAGUUCUUCGUCAACCACUACGUCGGGAAGCCCUACUUCGGCGCCGUCGAGUGGUACGGGGACCAGAAGACCAAAUUCCGCGUCGUGCGACGGGACACCGGCGAAGUCCUCAAGACUUCCUACGAGGCCGACGCCUUCCUAACGUUCCACCACACUAACGCGUACGAGAAAGACGGGCAGCUGGUGGUUGAUCUGGCCUGCAUGGAUAAUGGAGACACUGUGUACCAGCUCAUGCUGAAAAAUCUGGAGAACCCAGACUUCGAGUGUAGCCACAACACGAUGCCCCAGAACAGGCGCUUCGUCCUCCCUCUGAACGUGCAGGAGGCUCCCAAGGACACCAAUCUAGUGACGCUCAAAGGGACGAAAUGUACCGCCUACAAGAGGGACAAGGGCAUCGAGGUCAACGGAGAGGUCAUAUCCGACCAGUUCUUCGACCUCCCACGAAUCAACUACAAGCACAACGGCAAGGAGUACACGUAUUGCUACGGUGUCGAGGUCAGCCCACGUGGCGUGCAGUUCUGCAAGUUGGUCAAGAUGAAUGUCCAGACAGGCGAAACGCAGCUAUGGCACGAAGAGGGCAAACUAGUCAGCGAACCAAUUUUUGUCGCUGCUCCAGACGCUACGGAGGAGGACCACGGAGUCAUCUUGUCGUCCCUGCUGGAUAAGGACAAUCCCAAGUACGUCGCCCUCCUCGUCCUCGAUCCUAGGACGUGGCAGGAGAUGGGCAGGGUCGAAUUCGAAGCCAAGGGCGCCGUCACCUCCACCUUCCACGGGCAGUUUGCAGGAGACGAAGAAACCAUUCACUUACUCUGAGUGUAUAUGUAGGCCUAUACUCAGUCUAGUUCCAGCUAGUCAUAUUCUCUAUAUAUAACAAAAAGGAUAUGCAUGAUAUUCUAUAGAAGAGAAAUGAACCCGUUUAACGUUCCCUCUUACGAGGGUCUUUCUUGGGCAUCAUUUGGACACCAUUUCGUCUUGUUAUAGGACGAAAUGCUCUCCAAAUCUAGGCCUAUAGCUGAAAUCCAGUGAAAUUAUAUUAAAAACUCUGAAACCAUAA